AUGCUGACCCACUACAGACACAUUCUGCAAGAAAAGGUCGUAUCCAACUUCAUUCCGAAUGACACUCUCCUCGCUGGCGGCGAAGGCGAGCCAGCUACUGAACAGCAAGGCAGUCCGUCUGCAGUACCUCAAUACUUUACUGAAGAUGGCACUGUGGUACCGAGCAUGAUCUUGGUGACAGGACCAAACUUCUCGGGUAAAAGCGUCUACCUCAAGCAAGUGGCCAUCAUCGUGUUCAUGGCUCAUGUUGGAAGCUUUGUGCCAGCGACGAGAGCGGAGAUAGGUCUAACAGACAAGAUCAUGACACGAGUGGCAACUCGAGAGAGUGUAUCGAGGGUGAGUGCCUAA